CGACACGAUGGAGAUUCCCCACCUGGAGACACGCUGGGACUAUCGGUUGCGGCGUGAAAGCUGUCUGGUGAACCUGUAUCCCCACCCAAGCACGCUGUCGAAGGCGUACGUCGACCUGGUCGCCGCCUGGGGCUGGAAGUCGUUCACCAUCAUCUACGAGACGAACGAGGGCCUCGUGCGUAUGCAGGAGCUACUGAAGGCGCACGGUCUGUCCGACUAUCCGAUCACCGUGCGCCAGCUGAGCGAUUCCGGUGACUAUCGGCCACUGCUGAAGCAGAUUAAGAACUCGGCCGAAUCCCACAUCGUGCUGGACUGCUCGACCGAGCGCAUCUACGAGGUAUUGAAGCAGGCCCAGCAGAUCGGCAUGAUGAGCGAUUAUCACAGCUACCUCAUCACUUCGCUGGAUCUGCACACUAUCAACCUGGACGAGUUCAAGUACGGUGGCACCAACAUCACCGCGUUCCGGUUGGUAGACCCGGAGAACCCGGAGGUAGCGCAAGCGAUCCACAACUGGACCAUCGGCGAGACGCGGCUCGGCAAGAAGGUUGACUUCAAGUCGGCGGUACGUACAAGCAAUUUCGAGAACGUGACCAUAAUUAAGGCGGAAACGGCGCUGAUGUACGAUGCGGUGCACCUGUUCGCCAAGGCACUGCACGACCUGGACACCAGCCAGCAGAUCGACAUCCACCCGCUGUCCUGUGACACGCAGGACACAUGGCCCCACGGUUACAGUCUGAUCAACUACAUGAAAAUCGUGGAGAUGCGUGGCCUGACGGAUGUGAUCAAGUUUGACCACCAGGGCUUCCGGAGCGACUUCGUGCUGGACAUUGUCGAGCUGGGGCCGCAGGGUCUGCGGAAGAGCGGCACCUGGAACUCGACCUCGGGCGUGAACUUUACGCGCACGUACGGCGAGCACCAGAAGGAGAUCGUCGAGAUCCUGCAGAACAAGACGCUGAUCGUGACGACGAUCCUGUCCGCGCCGUACUGCAUGCGGAAGGACUCGGCGGAGAAGCUGACCGGCAACUCGCAGUUCGAGGGCUACGCGAUCGAUCUGAUCCACGAGAUUUCGAAGAUUCUCGGCUUCAACUACACGAUCCGGCUGGCGCCGGACGGUCGCUACGGGAGCCACAGCAAGGAGACGGGCGAGUGGGACGGCAUGAUCAAGGAGCUGCUGGAGCAGCGGGCCGAUCUGGCGAUCGCCGACCUGACCAUCACCUUCGACCGGGAGCAGGUGGUUGACUUCACGAUGCCGUUCAUGAAUCUCGGCAUCUCGGUGCUGUACCGGAAGCCGGUAAAGCAGCCGCCCAACCUGUUCUCCUUCCUGUCGCCGCUCUCGCUCGACGUCUGGAUCUACAUGGCGACCGCGUACCUGGGCGUUUCGGUGCUGCUGUUCAUCCUGGCGCGCUUCACGCCGUACGAAUGGCCAACGCCUAACCCGUGCGAUCCGCACCCGGAGAAGCUGCAGACGCAGUUCACGCUGAUGAACUGUAUGUGGUUUGCGAUCGGCUCGCUGAUGCAGCAGGGCUGCGAUUUUCUGCCGAAGUUCACCCCGUACGAGUGGGAAAACCCGCACCCCUGCAACCGGGAGCCUAUGUUCCUGGAGAACAGCUUCACGCUGCUGAACUCGCUCUGGUUCACGAUCGGGUCCCUCAUGCAGCAGGGUUGCGAUAUCGCCCCCAAGGCCGUCUCGACUCGGAUGGUGGCCGGCAUGUGGUGGUUCUUUACGCUGAUCAUGAUCUCAUCGUACACCGCCAACCUGGCGGCGUUCCUCACCGUCGAGCGGAUGGACUCGCCGAUCGAGUCGGCCGAAGACCUGGCGAAACAGACGAAGAUCAAGUACGGGGCGCUACGGGGCGGCAGCACGGCCGCCUUCUUCCGGGACUCGAACUUCUCCACGUACCAGCGGAUGUGGUCGUUCAUGGAGUCGGCCCGACCCUCCGUCUUCACCGGCAGCAACGUCGAGGGGGUCGAGCGGGUGGUGAAGGGCAAGGGCAGCUACGCUUUCCUGAUGGAGUCGACCUCGAUCGAGUACGUGAUCGAGCGGAACUGCGAGCUCACCCAGGUCGGCGGGAUGCUCGACUCGAAGGGCUACGGUAUCGCGAUGCCCCCGAAUUCACCCUUCCGGACGGCGAUCAGUGGCGCGGUGUUGAAGCUACAGGAAGAAGGAAAACUCCACAUACUGAAGACCCGCUGGUGGAAGGAGAAGCGAGGCGGUGGAUCAUGCCGGGAUGACACAUCAAAGUCGAGCUCCACCGCGAACGAGUUGGGGCUGGCCAACGUAGGCGGAGUGUUCGUCGUGCUGAUGGGUGGCAUGGGCGUGGCGUGCGUCAUCGCGGUGUGCGAGUUCGUCUGGAAAAGCCGGAAGGUGGCCGUCGAGGAACGGGUAAGCCCCAUUCUGCACUGA